UGGUUCUUCUGCGUGAUUUUUGUUCGCCAUGAGCUGCUUGGAUGUGAUGUACCAAGUGUUUGGACCUCAGCCUUAUUUCAGCUCCUACAGCCCCUACCACCACCAGAAACUGGCCUUGUACUCGAAAAUGCAGGACCCUCAGGAGAGCGACAGCCGGCUGGGGCCCCCGGGGCCCCCGGCGAUUAAGGAGGAGGACAAGGAGCUGCCGCCAGGUGCCGAAUACCUGAGCUCCCGCUGCGUCAUCUUCACUUACUUCCAGGGCGACAUCAGCGCCGUGGUGGACGAGCACUUCAGCCGAGCGCUCAGUCAGUCGACGGCGUAUCCUGCGACGAGCAGCCACAAGAGCGUAAGAGAGGGAUCGUUUCCGAUGAACCAGCGAAGUUUUCCCCCGUCUUUCUGGAACAGUUCGUACCAGCCGUCAGUUUCCUCCGCGCUGGGCAGCGGACUCUCGGCUCCCCAUUCGGAGCUCUCCUUCCCUGGGGACCCCUACUCCUCCACUUCCCUGCACAGCCAUCUCCACCAGCCCAGCCCCGACACCUGGCACCCAUCCCACCACCACCACCAUCACCACCAUCACCACCCAUACUCACUAGGGGGCGCCAUAGGGACCCAGAGUGUGGCGUAUCCCCGCACGGGCGUCCACGAGAUGUACGGGACGGCGUUUGACCCGCGCUACGGCUCACUGUUGGUGCCGUCAGUGAGGCCUCACCACCGGCUGACACCAGGCAGCUCAGUGUCGGGGCCCAAUGUCUCUCCCUGUGACCUUGGGGGCAAAGGGGACUCGGGGACGGGGUCAACCUGGAGCGGUGCCUUCACGGGAGCCGGAGCAGAAAUUGGACUCAACAUGGAAACAGCUCUGUGUUACGGUGGACUGUGCAGCAGUGGCGGCGGUGGUGGCAGCUGAACGUUGACCAUGUGGGAAAAAAAAAGAAAAGAAGUGGACUCACAGGAGAGGACGGUGAUGGAUGUGGACAGAGACGAGACUCUUUGUCGCUCCUGUAACAGGCACGGACAACAUUCCUAAAGUGGGAAAAGGAAAAAAAACAAAAAAGACAAAUAAAAGUCAUGGGACAGACGGACAGAGACACAUGUGUUGUCAAAACUCCAAAGACAAGCUCUUGAAGGACUUGGCAGGACUCACUGGGGCAACUGGGCUGCAGACACUGGAACUGUGUUAUGGCUGGAGAUGGAGGCCGUGCUGGUGUUGAGGAGGUCGCACAGCGAGACUCUGACAGGACGAGAACAAACACUAUGGUUUUACACCACCAUCAUGUUUUUGGCAUGGUCUCAUGUCAAAAACGGUGUUAAUGUUAUGGUUUCUCAAAGUGUUUCAGGCUUAAGCUAAAAGGCCCAGUUCAGACCUGGCAUUACAACCGCCCUGAAGAUCUGAUCACAUGUAGAUUGCACUAAUUUCAGGUCUAAACGUUCCCAAUUUGUAUUGAAUGCGUCCUCAGAUACAGUUUCAGGGACUGUCCACACGAAAACAAGGUUAGGUUCAUCUCAAAAUGCUCACCCUUGCGUUUUGGGAAAACUGUGAUGUCAUAAUCCCGCUUGAAUUUCGCUGUCACUUAUCUUUGUCGCCUUUUGUCUGUUUUUUUUUGUGUUUGGAGAUUGUUUGGGUCCGUUCGCUUUAUGCUAACCUGUAUUUUCUUUCCUUAGUCGUCCUGGCGUUCUUCAAUCUGUCUCUGUUUCUGUGAUUGUACAAAGUGUUAUUUUUAGAAAACUGUGGAAAACGUUUUCAAAAACGGCACAGAAAAAAAUUCUUUAGGUUUUCUUUAUGUUUCCAUGUGGAUAGAGCCUCAAAAACCACAUUCAGAAGUCAGGGUUCCCACGGGUCCUUGGAAAAAACAUUUUGUUUUUGAAAAUUGUCCUAAAUUGACAUGUGUCAUUGAAAUUGUGUGAAUUUUUGGAAAUUUCGAGUCAUAAUUACUAGCAGUGUUGUGGACACUGUCCACUGUCUCUCUCCGGCUUGUUCCAUACAGAACAAUGAGCGAGUAAAGUUAAGUAAGAGAGCGCAAAUGACGUGAUUCCUGGGAAAUGAAAAUUACAAGAUCUCUGUCUCACUAAAGACAAAUUACAAAGACUGACUUUGACCAAGAUCCCAAGGACAAUCACUUGUCCAGAUGCAGAGCGUACUGCAAAUCAAUAAAAGUGGACACUGUCAUGGACGAAGACAAACUCUUACAAGUUGCUCUCCCAUCUUUUGGUCCUUAAAUUUUAGGGAAUUGGCCCUGGAAAGUCUUUAAAAAAAGUCCUUGAAUUUGAUGUCAAUCAAGGUCCGGGAACCCAGAGAGGUGGUUUUAGGACGUGUCCGCAUUCCUGAAUAGAAAGCCGAUGCCACAGUGGCUUUGUUUAAAUUUUUUACACUAAUCAGAUUUAUUUAUUUAUUUGCAGCCACUGGUCGUCACAUGAUUUCUAUUUCUUUUUGGUGACUUCUUAAAGUCUUGUUUCAUGUUACAGCAGUGUGAGAAGAGCUUUGUCUCAGACGACAGAGGACACAUUUGUACAGUCGGACUCAUUAAAAAAACAUGAUGUUGUUGUUGUUGCAUACAGUCGUGAGUCGUCACUGUGUGUUUGAAUAAAGCCACGUGGACACAGGAAA